AUGAAGAUUUUACAAUGUCAAGGCCGAGUAAAUCAGUUGGGUGGCGUCUUUAUCAAUGGUAGACCUUUGCCAAAUCAUAUACGAUUACAAAUUGUAGAGUUGGCAUCCCAAGGAGUGAGGCCGUGUACAAUUAGUCGACAACUCAGAGUGUCCCAUGGAUGUGUCAGUAAGAUCCUGCAGCGCUAUCAAGAGACUGGGAGUAUCAGACCGGGUGUCAUUGGUGGCAGCAAACCGAGGGUGGCGACACCAGAGGUAGAGAAGAGAAUUGAAGAUUACAAGAGAGAGAAUCCGGGUAUUUUUAGUUGGGAAAUUAGAGACAGGUUAAUCAAAGAUAAUAUAUGUGACAGAACCACGGUUCCGAGUGUAAGUUCCAUUAGUCGAGUUCUCCGCAGUAAAUUUCACAGAACAGAUUCGGAGGAAGAAGGCGACUUAAGUUGCGACGAGGAAGAAAUGGAGAAAAAAGAGGAAGUGAGACAGAAUCAUAGUAUAGACGGGAUACUACGAGGAGACGACAAGAAAGGUUCUGAUGAGGAGUUAUCUGAUUGUGAAUCGGAACCAGGGUUACAUCUGAAGCGAAAACAGCGACGUAGUAGGACUACUUUCACAGCGGAGCAAUUGGAAGAAUUAGAGCGUGCUUUUGAACGCACUCACUAUCCGGAUAUAUAUACGCGUGAGGAGUUAGCCCAACGUACUAAGUUGACGGAAGCCCGUGUGCAAGUCUGGUUCAGCAAUAGAAGGGCUAGAUGGAGGAAACAAGUUGGCAGCAAUCAGAUCUCGGCCCUCAACAGCCUACUGCAAGUUCCCGGUGGAAUGCCUAACCACUCUUACAUGCUCCAUGACCCAUCGACGUAUCCAAUCCCAACAGCUCAAGAUAGUCUAUGGCACAGGAAUACGGUUGCUCAAUCACUACAGUCACUCAGCCAGACCCUCAAACCUGGAGAACCCUCCUAUGCUGGCAUCAUGGACUCAUAUCUGUCUCAUACUUCACAGGUUAACAGCAUGGCCGCUCACAGCAAUGCAGAAACAUUUUCAAACAGUUGGAACAGUCCAGUGACGUCAACAGUUAACUCCCUUCCAUAUGCAGCGACUACCGGUCAUUAUCCUCAUCCAUACCCAGACAUGUCCAAGUACUACAAUUCUCACAUAGCUGGAGUACCAUCAUCUAUGGAGAGGUGUGCAGUUGAUGACAGUCUCGUGGCAUUAAGGAUGAAAUCACGUGAACACUCUGCUGCUCUAGGGUUAAUGCACGAUUCUGGGAAAAUGGCUACUAGCUAUUGAUUCAAAGAAUUUGAACGAUUGUCAAUCGCCUUUAAUUUUCAUAGGAAGUCCGGUAUUUAACUUGGAGCAGAAAUCUCACUGCAUGGUUCGCGAGAUGUGAAAUGGAGGACCCGGAAAUUCCAAACCGGAAGUAUUACAGAUGAACAGCACGUGCCUUAAAUUGAUGUCAGUAUGAUGUAAUAAAUGACAUCCAAUCAAACUUUAAGGAUGACAUGUUUCUUUUGUAAUGUGUAUAUUGUUGAAUAAGGAGAGAACUGUUAUGUCUAAAGUGAACUAUUCUUGCUCUUUCUGUUGACCUUUCGCAGUAAUUCAUUUUAGAUAUAAAUGUGUGUGUAUAAUUGCUAUUUCAUUGAAUUCUCAUUGUAUGUAUAUAUAUAUAUAACUCAGCUCAUUCAUCUAUCCUGUGCUUUAAUCUAGUCUU